AUGUUCGAUCUCAAAGCAUUCUUCCCGACGCUGACGGCUUUCAUCGCGUUCAUAAUCACGCUCUGCUGCCUCUUCGCUGGUACGCAGAAGAACCUUCUCAACGAGGCAGAUCUCCUCACGCUAUACACGCCCGAAGGCAGCUCCACCGAUGUCGCACACGACUUCUACUCCAUCCAUGUGAUGUCGUACUGCCAGGGCACCGUGGGGACGGCAGCACCCGGGUCGACUGACUUCGUGCGCAAUGUGACGGGGUGCUCGAACCGAACAAUCCUGUUCUCGUUCGACCCGACGGAUGCCUGGCCGCGGGAGAUCAGCCAUGGGUCGACGCUGGAGUGGCCGCGUGUGAUCAGCGACGAUUUCCAUGCGUUCCGGAUGACGAGCCGGGUGAUGGCGGUACUGUAUAUCAUCGGUGUGGGCGCCGUGGGUAUGGUGCUGUUGUUGAAGUCGGCCUCGCUGCUCCUGCCACGCAUGCAGUAUGGCAUCUUUGAGUUCGGGUUAUUGGUGCUCGGAUCACUCAGUAUCAGCAUUGCGUCGAUUAUCGCGACGGUGCUGGCCUUCGAGUUCGUGGCCCUGGUCAACGCCCACGGUGACGGGUCCAACGUAUCCGCGCGGUAUGGCGAGAAAUUCCUCGGCAUGACCUGGGCGUCGACAGGGCUGCUGCUUAUCGGCAGCAUGGCCAGUUUCCUGAACGUGUUUGUCCGGGGUGCGUACGUACCGCCGGCGGCGAUGCCCGCAGGCAAAGACGAAGAAGAG